AUCAAGAUAUUCCACCACGUGUCAUGAUAUGAUUUGUCUUAUAAAUGAAAACCUCACAGACCUAGUACAUCGCACACCACAAGUGAGAAACAUUUGCAUAUAAUCCCUCUCUCCUCUUCAUUAAACAUUUUCCCGAUCCAUUCUUCAGCAGUUCACAGCUCAUUCAACAAAUUCAUUUUUAUAAGAAAAACAUCGAAAUUGAAAAUUAAAUUGCGACAAAGCAAGAAAUGGGCAUAAAUAAUCUUCUGAAAUUCAUGAAGCCCUAUGUUGAAUCCGUCCACAUCAAGAAAUAUGCUGGGAAACGGGUGGGUAUUGAUGCAUAUUCAUGGCUUCACAAAGGAGCUUAUUCAUGCAGCAUGGAGGUAAGUCUGGACAUGGAAGGGGAUAAAAAAUACCAGUUCUUACAGUAUUUUAUGCAUCGGAUUAGCAUGCUUCGACACUACAAGAUUACUCCGGUAGUUGUUUUUGAUGGGGGGAGCAUCCCAUGUAAGGCCGCUACUGAAGAUGAGAGGCACAGGAGAAGAAAGACUAAUAGAAAUAUGGCUAUGGAAAAGCUGAAGGAGGGUGAUACUAAUGCAGCCUCUGAGCUUUUCCAGAGAGCUGUGAGCAUAACCCCUCAGAUGGCACACCAACUGAUCCAGAUUUUAAGAUCAGAGAAUAUUGAAUUUGUUGUAGCUCCAUAUGAGGCAGAUGCACAACUGGCAUAUCUUUCAAGUCUUGAAACUGAAAAGGGUGGCAUUGUAGCAAUAAUUUCAGAGGAUAGCGAUUUGCUGGCAUACGGUUGCCCAGCUGUAGUGUUUAAGAUGGACCGAUAUGGCAAUGGUGAAGAGAUAAUACUUGAAAAGGCUCUAAAUGUUGCUGGUUGUAAACCAUCCUUCAUGAAUUUUGACAGAGAAUUGUUCACAGGUAUGUGUAUAUUGGCUGGUUGUGAUUUCCUUCCAUCCGUGCCUGGAAUUGGAAUUGUCAAAGCUUACAACUUGGUAGCCAAGUAUCGAAAUUUAGACCGUGUUCUGUCAGUGCUCAAGUUUGAAAAGGGAAAAGUAGUGCCUGAAGAUUAUCCCAUAGCUUUCAAACAAGCAUUGGCAGUCUUCCAACAUGCCCGAGUUUACGAUGCAGCUUCAAAGAAACUGAAACCACUCAAUCCUCUUGCGCCUGAGCUUUUGCACGGGGACCUUGAUUUCUUGGGGCCAGACUUAUCCCCUUCCAUAGCAGUCGCGAUUGCUGAAGGUAACCUGGAUCCUUGUACAAUGGAGGCUUUCAACCACUUCCCUCAACCCGGAUAUAAGCACAAUCUCAGUUUUCCAGAUUCUGCCAGCCAACUGUCGACACAAGAAGAAGCUACCGGAUCAAUGCAAGAAGGAUGUUUUACUGUAGUUUCCUGCCACAAAACUGUCAAAAAGAGAAUUAGAGGUAAUAUGCCACUUGAUGCGAUGAAAAGUUCAUCAGAAGGGAAGCAAAUGCCAAUGGUCAGAGAGGAAGUACUGCACAAAAGUGAAACUUUAGCCCUCAAAAAGCUCGGUUUCCCUUCCAGAAACGAACUGUCUGUACAAAAAGAACAAUCCCUUCUUAGAUUCACUCCAAACAUCCCAUGUAACAAUCCCUUCAAGAAACGGAAAAAUGACAACGAAGUGCAGCUGAAUCAGGCAAUGGCUAGUGCUACUGAGGAACAAGCUUCUGAGGAAGCAAUGGCUAGUGCUACUGAGGUUGAGAAGUCAGAAAUCUUUCGUGCAACUCAGGAAUCAGAUGAAAGCAUAGAUUCUAAAUUAAUCAAGCCAAAAGGCAAAAAAUUAGGUGAAAAGCUAUCAAAACAAAGUGAUUGCAACCAUGUAACAUCUAAAAGAUGUAGCAUACUAAAUUUCUUCUCUCGAGUGUAAUCCUUAUCCUUGUUUAAUUUAAUAGGAAUUUUCUUUA